AUCCAAAUAAAAUGUUUUACUUUUCAUUCUUGGAAAUACUAUUGUACAUAGUUCUUUUCAUAGCAUUACUAAUUCUGAAGCCAUUAUUCUAAAUGUUGUUAAUGAAGAUAAAAUAUGGAAAGAAAAUGUAUUUGAUGUAUUUUCCAUUGUUGGGAAGAAUCAUAGAAUUUAGUAGAGGGAUAAAGAAACACAAUGAUUUAUUGUAUUUUGAGAAAAUGAUUUCUUAACAACAUCCAGAAGUUGAAAUGGUUGUGAGCAAUACAUUCUUGGGAUUAACACAUGUGUUUUUAAAAACAGAGCAUAUAAAAUUUGUUCUUUAGAAUUAAGAUCUUUAUAGAAAGACAUCGAAAGUGUUGUUUGGUGAAAGAAUGUUGUACAAGGGUAAGAUUUAAAAUUUAAUUUAGGUUUGGCAUUUCAAGAUGGAGAAGAUUGGAAAUUAGCUAGGAAAGUGCUUUCAAAAUCUUUUGAAUUUGAUUAGUUAAGAGCAAGAAUACCAUUAAUAAAGAGGCUAUGUGAAGAGAAAUUUGAUAAAGUUUAAGAGAAUGAACCAAUUGACAUAAUAAAUCUAUCAGGUAAUAUAGUUGGAGAAGUGAUUACUCAAUCAUUUUUUAGUUAAAGUUUUGAGGAUUUAAAUGGGAAAACAUUCUUAAGUGAAAUGGUGGAUGUUAUGGUGAGUAUCAUAUCAUAAUACAGAGAAGCACCAAUAAGAUGCAUGACAAGAACUUUUAUAUUUGGAACAAGAGAUUAUCCAAAUUGGACUAUUUCUAAGGUAGAACAUCAGCUUCUAGCAAGACUUUAAAAUAUUAAAGACAUAUUAAGCCAUUCAAUCAAAGAAAGAUAAUAAAUGCAGAAUAAACCAGCAGAUUUUUUAACUGCAUAUAUUAAUACAAUAUGUAUAUAUAGAAUUAUUAUAUUUAGAACAAAAUCCAUAAUUAACUGAAGAACAUGCUAUCCAACAAUAUAUUAUGUUAAUAUUUGCAGGAAUAGAUACAACUAGUAAUCUAUUUGGAGCAUGUUGUUAUGCUUUAGCAAUUCAUCCUGAAUGGUAAUUAAAAUUAAGAGAGGAAAUCUAAAAGUAGUAUGGUAAUUAUGAAGAAUUGAACAGUGAUAAUAUUAAUAUAUCAAGUGAGAUUACAAAUUUUAUUAAUGAAUGUAUGAGAAUGCAUACUCCAGUACCAUAUUUUAUUGAAAGAGAGGUUAAAUAAGAUCAUAAAGUUGGUGAUUAUUUUUUAAAAAAGAAUUCAGAGGUUUCAGUUUGUUUAUUUGGAAAUCAUUAUGAUUCAUAGAAUUUUAAAGAUCCUUUUACUUUUAAUCCUGAUAGAUGGAAUCAAUAAAAUAUUGAUCCAUUUAUAUUUUUACCAUUUUCAAUUGGAAAAAGAAAUUGUAUUGGUUAACAUAUGGCAUUGAUGGAGAUCAAAUGUUUAUUGAUUUAUUUGUUAAUGAAUUUUGAAGUUAGUUUAGUAAAUGAAAAAUAAGUAUGGACCUUUAAAUUUGUUUAUACAAUUUAAGAUGAGAAAUUUAUAUAAUUGAAAAGAAUAAAAAAAUGA